GCGGCUUCCAUUCCAAUAUGCCUUCUUUAAACCCCUUCCAAGUUCCAGGUUAAACCCUACCUCCACCGAAACAACAGGCGUUUCAAUUUGUUUGUUGUGCUGCUCAAAAAUGGUCCGCAGCAUCAAGAACCCUAAGAAAGCCAAAAGGAAGAACAAGGGCUCAAAGAAGGGAGAUGGGUCGUCUUCGUCUUCUUCGAUACCGUCCAUGCCGGCGAAGGUGUGGCAACCAGGUGUGGAUAAUUUGGAGGAAGACGAAGAGCUCCAGUGCGACCCCACUGCCUACAAUUCCCUCCACGCUUUCCAUAUCGGUUGGCCGUGUUUGAGCUUUGAUAUUGUACGUGAUUCGUUGGGAUUGGUGCGGUCAGAGUUUCCACAUACAGUAUAUUUGGUUGCAGGAACUCAGGCAGAGAAAGCGUCUUGGAAUUCUAUAGGGAUAUUCAAAAUAUCUAACAUUUCUGGGAAAAGACGUGAAUUAGUACCUGCUACAAAGUCUACUGCUGAUGGAUCAGAUAUGGAUAGUGAGGGUAGUGAUGGUGACACUGAUACUGAAGAUGAGGACCUUGGUGGCUCUGGGGCGCCAGUUCUGCAGUUGCGCAAGGUAGCUCAUGAAGGAUGUAUUAAUCGUAUACGAGCCAUGGCGCAGAAUCCGCAUAUAUCUGCAUCUUGGGCUGAUACAGGUCAUGUACAGGUCUGGGACUUUAGCUCUCACCUAAAUGCUUUAGCAGAAUCAGAAUCAGAAACUAGCCAGGGUGCUUCAUCAGUUUAUAAUCAGGCUCCAUUAGCUAAAUUUCGGCAUAAAGAUGAAGGCUAUGCUAUUGACUGGAGUCCACUUGUCACUGGGAGGUUAUUGUCAGGGGACUGUAAGAACUAUAUUCAUCUGUGGGAACCUGCUUCUGGUGGAACGUGGAAUGUUGAUACUACUCCAUUCGUUGGCCACACAUCCAGUGUAGAAGAUCUACAGUGGAGCCCUACGGAACAUGAUGUAUUUGCCUCUUGUUCUGUGGAUGGAAAUAUAGCAAUAUGGGAUGUCCGUUUAGGGAAGUCACCAGCAGCCUCUUUCAAGGCACAUAAUGCAGAUGUUAAUGUUAUUUCAUGGAACAGGCUGGCUAGCUGUAUGUUGGCAUCUGGAAGUGACGAUGGGACCUUUUCCAUUCGUGAUCUAAGAUUGCUCAAGGAGGGAGAUUCUGUAGUGGCUCAUUUUGAAUAUCAUACACACCCCAUCACAUCCAUAGAGUGGAGCCCUCAUGAAGCUUCAACUUUGGCAGUGUCAUCCUCUGACAAUCAGCUAACGAUAUGGGACCUUUCCUUAGAGAAGGAUGAGGAAGAGGAGGCAGAAUUCAAAGCUAAAACCAGAGAAGAAGUACGUGCCCCAGCAGAUUUACCACCUCAACUUCUGUUUGUACAUCAGGGGCAGAAAGAUUUGAAAGAGCUCCAUUGGCAUACCCAGAUUCCAGGCAUGCUUGUAUCUACUGCAGCAGAUGGUUUUAAUGUUCUGAUGCCUUCAAACAUACAAACUACGCUUCCUUCAGAAGCUGCUUGAAAAACAAAUUUCAGUUUCUUGCACCAGUCUAAAAUCUAAAGAAGGCACAAUGCUCUUAUGCAUACCUUUUUAAUAUUAUAAUUAUUAUUUUCUUUUUUGGA